AUGCCCAAGGCCAGCCGCCCCCUUUCAGGGUACUUCUAUUUCGUCCGGGAGCACAGGGCCGCGGUCGCGGAGGAGCUGAGGGCGGCAAAUGGGCCCGACGGCAGCGUGGCGAUGGGGGAGGUGGCCAAGGCGCUGGGGGCGGCCUGGAAGGCGCUGUCGGAGGAGGAGCGGGCCAAGUACGGCGAGUUCGCCAAGAAGGAAUUCGAGGAGAUGAAUCGGAACCAAGCGGAGGAGGAGCGCGCGAAGUGCGGCGAGGAGGCGAGGCAGGAAUGCGAAGACCUUCGGGAGAACCGGCCUGAGGUAUGUUUCCGCGCCGCUCAUCGACUUGCAGGGAAAUUUCGCGCCAUUGGUCAAUUGGCACGACUUUGUGAACCAGAUCAUGAACCAGAGCCAGUCAUUCGAGCGGUCUACCUCGCGAAAGCUCGCGGCCAGCGCCUUAAAGCGUUACUGCCUCCUUAG